GUUUUGCUUCUUGCAAUUCACAUCACUCUAUGUUUAUUGGAUGGCCUCAGCACCAGAGCUAUGAUGGAGAAAAACUGCAAAGAUGGCAUCGACUCAGGAAUGGUGCUAGUUCUGCUGUGUGCUUUUAACAUCUUGAUCUAGUGGAGCAACCCGUGUUCUGACCUCCACCCCCCAAAUGUGCUUGUGCGAAUGUUUGAAUGAUUGAUUGUGUUGUAAAGCACCUUAGGGGGCCAUUUUUUAUUUAAAGUGUAAUUUUAGCACAGACUAAUUUCAAGACAAAUUGUUUAAAAAAAUGAAAAAGUUGCUUAGUAUUGACGAGCGUAUUUUCCUACUGCUGUCACUGCCCCCUACUGGACAGCAGCAGCUACAGCAGAAACCCAGAUAUUACACUCUCAUCUAAAAACAAAAACAUUCAUUUAAUGAAUUAUAAAUGGUGGGUUGUUUAUCACCAAUAGGCUUACAUUUGGAAAACACAUCCAACCAGUAAAGGAAAAAAAAAGUCUUGGGGGGCUUUUAUUUUGUCAGGCCCACCGGAAGCGUGUCGCCUUCCAGUGGGCUGGUUUCCUCAAUAAGCGGAAGUACAAGGUGAAGAGAAACUUUCGGGUUUGUUAAGAGUUGUUUUUCAACCUGGUUCUGAUGUGACCCACUCGGUUCUGUAAAGUGGAGGAGUUCGGUUCUCGAGCAAAAAUGGCGGGAGGGUUCCGACGAGAACAGUUCCUAUUCAAACUUCCCUCUCCCGUCAACUGGGAGUUCUGCCGAGUCAUGGACGGACUGUCGGACUUGGACUGGACCCGGUUCGCCUCGGAGGUGCUGAAAGACCAGACGGCUGUGCGACUGGCUGAGAGGCAGGCCCAGCGGACCGACUGGGUGAUGAACCAAUGGGGAUGCAGGAACGGUCGAGUUGGAGAGCUGAUUGACUUGUUAGAGUCGCUGCAGCUUUUUAGGCCACGAGAUGUCAUCUUGACCUGGACUCAGGCGAUGAAUCCUUCCUCCUUUGCUCCUCCUCCUCUUCCUCCUCCGCCACCUCCUCCUCGUCUCCCUUCUCCUCCACCGUAUGAGCAGCCCACAGCGUAUCAUUCUGCUGUUGGAGGAGAAAACCUGUUACCCAGGCCUGCCCCCCCACCUGUCAGUCUGUACUCUAAGGAUCAGCUCCAGCCACAGGAAAGUCGGUGUGAUGUCAUUCCUUUGCCUCUCGCUGCCGUGGCGUCUAACAGCACUGCAGUCAUCUGUUGGGCACAUGAAGAGGUGCAUGCUGGGACACGAGGUUUCUCCCCCGCCCUCCAGAUCGGCGAGGGGGGAUUUGGCGUUGUGUACCGAGCUUCUCUGAGGGGCAUGGACUGCGCUGUCAAGAGAAUCAGAGAGGUCUGCAUGAUGGACUCAUCCCAGCUGAGGAGAAGCUUCCAGACUGAAGUGGAGAAACUGUCAAAGUUCAGACAUCCGAACAUCAUCGAUCUGUUGGGCUUCAGUGAAGGAGGAGGAUCCAUGUGCCUGAUCUACAGCUUCAUGGAGAACCGAGCCCUGGAGGAUCAGCUGCACAAGGGACAUAACUUCCUCUCGUGGCCUCAGAGAGUCAGUAUCGCUGAAGGAGCAGCGUCAGCUCUUCAGUUUUUACACUCCCCCCCCGCAGGUCAAGAACCAUUGAUCCACGGUGAUGUCAAGAGUUCCAACAUUCUGCUGGACAGACACCUGGUGGCGAAGCUUUCGGACUUCGGUCUGGCCCGCUGCGUUCCACGCCCGCCGUCUGGCUGCUCCGUCACCCAGACGGCCUCGGUGGGUAAGACUGCCACAGUGAGAGGAACGCUGGCGUACCUUCCAGACGAGUACGUGAGGAAAGGAGAACUUUGCACCGCCGUGGACGUCUACAGCUUUGGAGUGGUGCUGCUGGAGGUCCUGACUGGGCGUCCAGCUUCAGAGCAGGACCGGACGUACGGAGAGAAGUUCCUGAAAGACCUGGUGGAGGAGGUGGAGGACCAUCCAGACGGCUCGUCUGCAGAGGCGUGGAGAAAACAUCUGGACCGGCGACUGGUUGCAGGAGGAGCUGCAGAGCCUGAUGGAUACCUGCAGGUGGCAGCACUCGCCUGCAGAAGCCUCCACAGGCAGAGGAAGAAGAGGCCAGCGAUGAAGGAGGUGUUUGACAAACUUCACGGUCUCAACAACGGCGUGAAGAAGGCCCAGAACCCCUACCGGUCCUUCCCCACACCCCCCAGCUCUCUGGACCCCAGUGUGGAACCCUGCGACUCCUACGCCGCUCUCACCCCUCCCAACCGCCUCCUCUCCUCCUCCCUUCCCCUCCCCUCCACCUCCUUGGCCGGCCCGUGUGAAACAGACGAGAGCCGAGGAUGCUCCCAGUAUGAACUCCGGUCUCAGACCAGCUCCGGCUCCCAGGACCACAGUGUACGGCGGCCUCCAGAACACCAGUGCCACCAGCCUUCGGUUCCCACCGAGGAUCAGUACAACUUCCCUUCCCAGUCCAGCAGCAUUUCCGGGCCCGGCGCCGUGGCGACAGAACUCUCUGGGUUCUCUCCUGCAGGUUCCCUCCAGUCGGCCUCACCUCAACCCUCAGUGUGUUUGUGUCCCAGUCAGGCGCCCCAGAAUGAGCUGGACCGGACCAGAACCCCCGAGCUGCAGUCAUUACCUGGCUUCUGUGGAGGGACUCGUUCUGAGGAGCUCAGAGGACCAGAAGAAAGCGACGAGCUGGAUUAUCUCCAGGACAGAACCACGGAACCCCAAAUUAAGAGGGAGUUCUUCUCAGGACCACACUAACCGGACCGGACCGGACCGAGUUCUGCUGCCUUCUUGACUCAAACGUUUAUUUAUUCGUGAUCGUUUCACAAAUUCAACAGACAAGCAUUUCCGAAUCCUUCUUGUAAAACACCAAACAUUUUAGGCUGUGAAUGGAUCCGGUUUCAUCACAUCAGAACCGAUGAGUUCUGGUGUGCCGACCACAUUCUGGACAGGCGGCCGAGUCCCAAAUGUCUCCCUGACAGGGACGGCUGUCCCCUCCCGUCUCCUCUGAUGGACUACAUGACAGAUGUCCCCAAACCAGGUUUCAUGAGCGCGUGGAAACAACUCCAGCCUCCCGUUUUCGCUCCGGAUCGUCUCCAGAACCGUCCCAUCAUGGACGAGUACGUUAUUCCUUUUUCUUCCUCCGUGAAAUAAACACCAGCCGUUCUCCAGCAGGAGGGCGUCUCGGGGUCGACGUUCCAGCAGAAUUCCCUUCCAGGACCAGAAAAAGCUUCCAGUCAGAGAAUCACUACAAUUCCAUAAUGAUUAAUAAAUAAAUAACAGGUUUGUUGAUGUUCCAGCUUGAUUGAUGAUGAUUGGCCACAUUUUUUUCAUUAUUUCUCCCUAGCAACCAAACGUGAUUGGCUGUUUAGCUUCAGGAUUCAGGAAGUUCGCUGCUGAAUGAGCCCGUUUGUAAAUGACUGUAUGCAGACAUUAGAAUAAAACUGACUUCUUUAUGUUUGUUCAUGUUCCUCCCCUCCACCUGUGGGAGGAUGGCGCCCCCUGUGGGUGUAGGUCCUCACCACAAACAAACCAGUAAUCACCAGUUACUGGACUUCCAGAACCGCUGGUCAGCUGGGAGGUCAAAGGUCAGACCCUGUGACCCCCCCUGCUCCUUGCUCAGGUGAACUUCACCUGAACAGGAUGCUCUAACAGCCGCUGAGCAACUGCUGUGUCUCGUGCGCGCGCAAUGGGCGAGGCGUGUGCGUGUCCGUGGUCGUGAGCGCGCCUGUGGUGCUGAUGCUGCAGCGCGGCUGAAGAGGAGGAGGUGGAGGAUGAAGAGGAGCGAUCAGAUCAAUGAUCCCACAUGAUCGAUCAGACCAGCGGACAGGGUUCGGAACCGGAACGAAAACCACGUGACUGCCCAGGUAAUCCAGG